GGCGGGUGGGGAGUGUGAGAGGGCACUCUUGUGAGCAUGGAAGGGUCCCACGGGGGCCAGAGCUGAUGCCUGCAUGGGCCCCUGAAAGGCAUCUGGAGACCCAGAAAUAGGCAAGGCUUCCGGAGGUGCCUGCUGCUAUGUCUCUGUGCCCCCGGGAGAGGCACCACGGGGCCCGGACAGCAAGCCACCAGGCAUGGGGCCUACUUCCCAAUCCGAGGUCCCCACCGUGGUUGUCCUGCCACGUCUAGGUUGCACACCUUAUUGCCGAUCUUCUGACCACGGUUCCUGCCUUAAAUUGUUUCCUCCUGAGUCCCUUAAGGUCUUCUACCACAUCUUUCUCUAAUUCCCCUCUCCUUUGGCUCUGUCCACCCCUGCAGGACCGUGCACUCUUUGAGGGCAGGGAAUACCAUGUUAGUGUAUUACCAUUUUUGCUUGUUCCCAGAACCCACUGCAGAAGCAGGGGAGGACCCAAGUGGGCCCACAGUCGGGGUUCACCCACAGAAUGCCUGUCCUCUCCUCCCGAGCUGGGGACAGCUUUUUACCACUGGCUGAGCUGACUUUCAUAAAGUGGGAACAUUUCCUGGCUCUCUCCCACCAGUUGGGCCUCAUCCCAGACUGUGGUAGAUUUGGGGAGAGGUGCCUACACUUUCGGUACCCAGAGAAAGAUUCCUGCAGAGCCAGAUGGUCCCCAACUAGCUAAUAAUGCCUACAGACACGCUUAGGACCUACCAUGCACGUAUCCUCUGCUGUAGGAGAGCCUUAUGGAACCUUUGUUCUGGGUUGGUUCAGGGUCUGGGUGGGUGGAAGAGAGGGCAUCACGGCCAAAUUCUAAGGGGAGUGCUAAGUGCUAAAAGAGAAAGGACCUUAGAAGUUAAAGCAAGGUAAAGAAGCAAACGUAAAGGCAGCAUUAGUUUCCUCUGAACACCACGAAAGCCAGUGAUGCUGGUGUUCCUUAGAAACACACGAUUAGGCUGUGAUCUCCUUAUGAAGUCACAGAGUUGGAAAGACUUGGAGGUGUCAGGGUGGGACCAGACCAUUGCCAGAUGUGUGGACUUCUGGUUCUCCAGGACCCUGGAAGCAGCGCAUCCGGAGUCCGGCAGAGUGGUCCAGAGGAAGGGGACAGAAAGCAGGUGACAUUCAGAGGACAGCUUAUGCAGGGACUCCCCCGUCUCCCCGAAUGCAUCCCACACUUACCUCCUAGAGGGCUUUCAGCUAGCCAUGCCUUUGAACAGUUAACGUGUGAUUUUUCCACACAAACAUUUUCUAUAAUGUAGCUUAGAACCUAGUGUGGGAAGUUUGAGGAGAUGAGUGUUCUUUCCUGUUCAAAAUCAGUACGGACACAAAAUAACUACUUGCUGCUGAAUAUUUAGCACAAGCACUGCCUCCGCAAAUUUCCUCGAAGCAGACUUUCCCUGUUUUCUCACGGUAGCCCAUUUCCGGUAGCUUAUUUCCUUAGACUCGUCCAAGCAGCUCCAUCCCUUGAGGCUAAGCUGGUAUUAGAUCCAGGCUCAUGUUCACGAGAAAGAUAGGAUUCAGGUUCUGGAGGGGGGACGGAAUGAGGGAUGUUUUGAAUUAGCUGCGACAUCAUGGAAGUCCAAUUCCUCUGGGCACAGCAGUUUCCUCGGGCAGCUGUUGGUUGGGAUUUGGUAUGCCCCCAAGUCAGAAAUUUGUCUUAGUGUGAGAGCAGCAAGAAACGUUUUCAGAUGUUCUGUUCCUGAGUGUCCGGGAGCUGAAUUCCUGCAUGGGUUAGAGGAGAAGGAAAAGUUGCGUAUGAGAGAGGAGUUCUAGAUAAGGGCGUCCCAGGGAGUGUCCUAGAAGCCGGACUUCGGGCCCAGGUCAAGCGUUCAGGGGUGUGAAGAGUUAGGGUCCCCUUUCUGGGUAGUCUUUGUCGGGGAGGGCUCCUGUCAACUCCCUGGGGCCCCAGGCAUCUGCAUUCCCGUGGAGACGCCACGACUGGAGCGCUUCUUGGUCUAGAAGUCUCACUGCUUCAAGAUGUGUUUCCUGGGCUAGAACUUUUCUCCUCAAACUCAAGUCCAGAAUGACAGCCACAGAAACGAGGAGUUGAGUGUGGAGGCUUCUCCCCACAAAGCACAGGGUCAUAGCCCCUUGGUGCAGCGUUCCCACAGACCCCGCUGCCCCUGGUGGAAGGGGCUCGAGCAGACACGCAUUGCCUGGGUGACCGCCCCUCCUCCGAGGCACAGAGAAAGGCAGACCCUCCUGCUUCUGGUCACUUCUCCCCCCACGGUCCUCACUGCUGCUCACAAUGGGCUGUCUGAGUUGGGGGGGUAGGGAGGGCUGGGCACGGCUUGGGCACCAGACGACCUGGCUGUGUGGUUAGCGCUUCAUGCCUAGGGACGCACUGUGUCUCUGCUGGCCCAUGAGAGGGUUUGGCAUGGUGGUUUGCUUCCCGCGCCUGGGAAGGAGGGGACCCGAUGUGGUUAGCAGUGUCGGUGAGUCCGCGCUGGACUCCCAUGAGCCUGCAAAUGCCCUUGAAUUUGGGGAGGCAGACCAUCACCGUGGAACUCAAAGUCCUGGCUUUUGCAGGGGUGGGUCUGUUUAUGGUUUGGCAGUCCCGCUGGCUGGUCUCAGCCAUGUAUCCACGCGAGCAUGUGGCGUCCAGAGAGGGUCCAAGAACAGACUCUCUUUCCUGACACCCCAAUGAAUGAGAGCCUACCCUUGGAUCUGGACCCCGGGCAUUGGCUGGCUUAUUCGUUGUUUAUUAUGACCUAUGCUCAUACAUUCGGGGCAUUUCUUCUGAGCCCAAACAUUUGGAGAGGCCCCUGAACUGUGUCUCCUUGAGGGUUGACUGGCUUUCCCUCUUUGGCAUGGAUGGAAGCCCUCCUGUGCUGGGGUCUUCAUCUCCGAGGCUGGGCCUGUCCGAAUAUGUGCCACCCCCAUGCACAAGCUUUCCUGGAGAUAAACGGUAGAGGGUAAAGCAAGGCCCUCUGACAAGGAUGGGAAGGGGACACCAGGGCUGGUGGUUCAGCAUGCUUAGGAGCCUGGCCCAUGGUCAGAAGCCUGCCUAUUGGAAUGGGUCUGGAUCAGGAUUCCAUCCAGCCCCUCGGUUCCAUCCCUGCCACCCGCCUGGCCAGGACAUCUGGCUCCCUUGAAGAAAGACUUGCUCAGGUACUGGAGCCAUGGCCACGGGAUGAUGGAUGGAUAUGGAGCACCUUCUGCUCCAUCAUUGCUCAGCUAACAGAGGAGACCCAGCCGCUAUUCGAGACCACGCUCAAGUCCCGGGCUGUGUCCCAGGACAGUGACGCCAAGUUCACCUGCAUCGUCACAGGAUACCCAGAGCCAGAGGUGACCUGGUACAAGGAUGACAUAGAGCUGGACCGCUACUGUGGUUUGCCGAAGUACGAGAUCACUCACCAGGGCAACCGCCACACACUUCACAUUUACAGGUGUCAAGAGGAAGACGCGGCCAUCUACCAGGCCUCUGCCCGGAACACCAAGGGCAUCGUGUCCUGCUCGGGGGUCUUGGAGGUCGGCACCAUGACGGAGUACAAGAUCCACCAGCGCUGGUUCGCCAAGCUGAAGAUCAAGGCCGCCGCCAAGAUGCGGGAGAUGGAGCAGAGCUGGAAGCCCCGGAAGGAGGUGGUGGGAGACGCCGACACUCUGCGCAAGCUCAGCCCCGACCGCUUCCAGCGGAAACGGCGGCUGAGCAGGGACGAGGCGUCCCUCCCCUCGGCCCCCGCCCGGGAGGCUGAGGACAGGACCCCAGCAGCUUGGCAGGAGGAAGAGGCUGAGCCCGCUCCGCACCCAGCUUUGGGCCUCCUCAACAGCUUUGCUCCCGGAGAAGUGACCACCAACGGGGAGGCUGCCCCCGAGAACGGGGAGGACGGAGAGCACCCCCUGUUGACGUACAUCUGCGAGGCCAUGGAGCUGGGGCCUCAGCGAGCCCCCAAAGCAGAGUCUGGGGCCAAGAAGAAGAAGAAAGACGAGGAACCUAAGCAAGGUCUCCAGAAGCCAGAGUCAGAGAAGGCGGCUCGAAGCCCAAGUUCUCCUGAAGGCCGUGCCCCUAGUUCAGACAAGUCCGGGACGCAGGGGCCUGCGGAGGUGGAGCAGGUCCAGACCCGGCGCGGAGGCAGGGCUGCGCGGGGGCCGGGGUCCUCUGGAGCAGAGAGCACCAGGAAGCUCGCUCCGGCUGUGGGCGCUGAGGAGCAGGCCCGGGAGGCCCCCGUCCCAGGCCCCAUCCCAGGCCCCGUCCCAGCCCCAGACCAGCAAGUGUAUUUCUCCCUAAAGGACAUGUAUCUGGAAAGUACCCUCGCGGGCAGGCCGAAGGGGGAAGAGGGUUCCCAGACCCCAGGCGGCAGGGCACCUGGAGAGAGGCCCCCCGGGAAGGUACCCAGUGAGGCUGGAGGUGAAAAGGGGGCUAUUGCCCCCGCCCAGCCCACCGCCUCGGCCCCCCAGACAACUAGGCCUUUCAACAGGAAGAGAUUUGCCCCUCCGAAGCCCAAAGGGGAGCCCACUGCCAACAGCAAGCCCGAUCGUUCCCCCAGCGGAGCUCCAGAACCAGGGGCCCAGAGCUCAGGGAAGGCCCCACCUCAGGCCUCGGCCCCAGUGCCCACACCCCCUGUCCGGCGGAGACACGGCCCCCGGGAGAGCCCCCUGCAGGGGCGAGCCGGCCACAGGUCUUCGGGAGAGGUCCCGGAAUCCCAGGCAAGCCCGGCUCCUACCGCGCUGGCCGCCAACACCGCCGACAUGGUCUCUAUGGGUUGCAGUGACCCCAGAAGCCGGGGCAUCAUUGAGCCCAUGGACACAGACACCCAGGAAGCUGGGAGGACAUCUGCUGACCAGAAACGUGGAGGCAAGAAGAAUACAGAGGCUGAUGGGAAGAUGCAGGUGGAUGGGAGGACCCAGGGAGACAGGACACAGGCCACCCAGACGACACAGGCAGAUAGGAAGAGCCGAGUGGACAUUGGGCCACGAGAAAGUGAGAGGCCAGCAUCCGCCAGGAGGUCCCAGGAGGAUGUGGUGGCCCAGGGAAGGGCAGGGACGCAGGUGGAAAGGACACAGAGGAAGGAGGACACAGGCAGGAGGAUGCAGGAAGACAGAGGGACACGGUCUGAGGAGAGCACACCCACAGCCAUGAAAGGUCAGUCUGAGAAGGGCUCUGUGAGCAGCCCUGGCCCACAGUCCAGUGAGUGUUUCGACCAGACCCCCGAAGGGCCCUCUGUCCCAGAAGAACCUGGUUUUGUGCUCAGAUCUGAAGAAGCGGCACUCACAGCCCCCGGGAGCUACGAGCCAGCACUUCUGGCUGCCCCAGGAGGCGGUCGCACGCUCCCAGCCCAGCAGCCUCCCCAGGGUGGUCUGGAGCAGCGGGGAGGGCCUGAGUGGCCGGGGCUGGUUAAGGACAAGUCAGAGGAUGGCCUGAUCCCAGGCCCCAAGGAGGAGCAGCAGAAGGAGGUGCUGUCUGUGGAUCUGGGUGGCUGUCCUCCAGCUGGCCGGAGCCCGGAGGUGCCCACUGUGCCCUCUCCUCCCAGGCGGGGCCUGACCACGAGCUCUCGGGAGGCUCCGCCCAGCACUCCAGCCCCUGAGAACACGAGUGCUGCUGCCUUCCUGCCCUCUGGGGACCAGGCCUUGCUGAGGCCGGCCCCCCCACUGUCCCUGGGGCCAGAGACCCCCACCCAGAGUCACCCACCAGCAGCCAUGUCUGCCACCAGCGAGGGGGCCUGUGCCCCAGGGCUGGAUGUGGAGGGGAGGCCCCCGGGUCCCCAGAGCUGCGACCCCGGCCUCAUAGACUCCCUGAAGAACUACCUGCUUCUGCUGCUGAAGCUCUCCAGUGCAGAGCCGGGGGGUGGGGGCGCCGAGGCGCAGGGGGCAGCUGCCGCUGGGGCUCCGGUGUCCUCGGCCGCUCUGGUCCCUGACGUGGAGGUGGCCGGUCUGAGUCCCCGGACGUCCAGGCGCAUCCUGGAGCGCGUGGAGAACAACCAUCUAGUGCAGAGCGCCCAGAGCCUGGUGCUGAGCCCCUGCACCUCCCGCCGCCUCACCGGCCUCCUGGAUCGCGAGGUGCAGGCUGGCCGUCGGGCCCUCGAAGCAGCCCGGGGCCCUGGCCCCAGCAGCCUCACCGUCCCUGCCAUCGUGGUAGGUGAGGAGGGGGGCCCUGGGCUGGCCUCCGAAGGAUCCAGUGAGGACGAGGGUGAGGGUCCUCCCGAGGGGCCUGGGCUCCCAGGGGCCUCCCCGGAGAGCGGUGUACGCGGGUGGCUGGGGGAGACGGGUGGGCAGAUGGCCUUGGGUCCAGGAGCACUCCCAGCAGACAGAAGGGCCCAGGAGCCCUUCCAGGAGGAGGAGGCCCCAGGGGAGGCCCUGACAGGCCUCCCCGCAGCGACUCCGGAGGAGCUAGCUUUGGGGGCCCGGAGGAAGAGGUUUCUCCCCAAGGUCAGAGCAGGAGGAGACAGGGAAGCAGCCAAGGCUGAAGAAAGGGAGAGCCCCACGGUUUCCCCUCGGGGGCCCAGGAAGGGCCUGGCACCCGGGUCCCCGGGGACCCCAGGGCGGGAGAAACGUUCCCCAACCCAGGGUAGAAAGGCCGGCAUGCUGGAGGUGCCGCGGGCAGAGGACGAGCUGGCAGCAGGAGACCUGGGCUCCGGCCCCAAGGCCAGCAGUGCGGACGCAGAGCAAGUCCUGGAUGAAGGCAAGCAGGACGCUUCGGCCAAGUCCAAGAAAGCCAAAGACCUGCUGAAAGCCCCACAGGUGAUCCGGAAGAUUCGGGUGGAGCAGUUUCCUGAUGCCUCGGGCAGCCUGAAGCUCUGGUGUCAGUUUUUCAACAUUCUCAGUGACUCAGUCUUGACGUGGGCCAAGGAUCAGCGCCCAGUGGGCGAGGUGGGCAGGAGUGCCGGGGACGAGGGGCCGGCAGCCUUGGCCAUUGUGCAGGCGUCCUCCGUUGACUGUGGCGUGUACCGAUGCACCAUCAACAAUGAGCACGGUUCCGCCUCUACCGACUUCUGCCUCAGCCCCGAGGUGUUGUCGGGAUUCAUCUCCAGAGAAGAAGGUGAAGUUGGAGAGGAGAUUGAGAUGACCCCCAUGGUCUUUGCAAAGGGUCUGGCUGACUCUGGCUGCUGGGGGGACAAGCUCUUUGGACGCCUGGUGAGCGAAGAGCUACGAGGGGGUGGACAUGGGUGUGGCCUGCGGAAGUCCUCCCAGGCCAAGGUCAUCUAUGGCCUGGAGCCCAUCUUCGAGUCAGGCCGCACGUGCAUCAUCAAGGUGUCCAGCCUGCUCGUGUUUGGACCCAGCAGCGAGACCUCUCUCCUGGGCAGAAACUACGACGUCACCAUUCAGGGCUGCAAGAUCCAGAACAUGAGCCGGGAGUAUUGCAAGAUCUUUGCGGCCGAAGCCCAGGCAGCCGCUGGCUUUGGGGAGGUGCCGGAGAUCCUCCCACUGUAUCUCAUCUACCGGCCGGCCAACAACAUCCCCUACGCGACCCUGGAGGAGGACCUGGGCCGGCCCCUGCAGCCCUACUGCUCCCGGGAGUGGGGCAGUGCCGCGCCCGAGACGGCUGGCAGCUCUGAGGUCAGGCAGAAAUGCCAGACCUUCCAGCAUUGGCUCUAUCUGUGGACAAAUGGCAGCUUCCUUGUCACGGAUUUGGCAGGGGUUGAUUGGAAGAUGACAGAUGUGCAGAUUGCAACCAAACUGCGAGGAUACCAAGGCCUCAAGGAGAGCUGCUUUCCUGCCCUGCUGGACCAGUUUGCCUCUUCCCACCAGUGCAACCCCUUCUGCGAGAUGCUGGGGCUCCAGCCCCUCAAAGGCCCUGAGGCUGCCCACCCUCCGGGCAAGGCCAAAGGCUCCAAGAGCCCAUCCACGGGCAGGAAGGGCGGCCAACUGAGUCCUCAGCCCCAGAAGAAAGGCCCCCCCAGUCCCCAGGGCACCCGGAAGAGUACGCCAAGCACCAAGGCCACCCCUCCAGCAUCAGGGGCACUCGCCACCCAGUUACUGGGACAGCCUCCCACCCAAGAGGGCAGCUCCAAGGCCCAGGGCCUGCGGUAGCCCCCACAGGAGGCUGGGGGCCUCCACCCGGCAACAGACCAACAAGGAAGCAGCUCGAGGCGAUAGAGACUUUCAGGAACUACGGAACUAACCAAAGAAGGUGUGCUGAGGAGGCACCAUGGGGGGCUCUCAGAGCAGCUCUUCUCAGUCCUCUCCUCAGUCCGCCCCUCAUCGGACGGCUUUUGUGCGCGGUGGCACCCGGGGGCCCCUCCUGGUGCCGCCGGCCGGGGCUCCCAGACCCCACUCCCAAGUGCCUGGCGGUCUAGCCCCUCCUUGAAGUUUACACGGGCCACUGCUGGAGGCUCCCGAGCCCUCUGCAUGAGCUCUGUACCCAGCACCCCACCCCAGACCCUGCCGUGAAUGCCGUACUCUGGGGGCGCGCCGACCAGCGAUUACCCUCUACCUUUGCUUGGCCCCGAUCUCUCCCCGUCCUCGGGGCUCCAGACUUCCUGCGCUGAGUCUGGCCUGGUGACUCUCAGGGAGCUUUCUCCUUCCAGCUGCUUGGCCUCUUGCCUCCCAGCGUGUCCUGUGACUAACCUGUCACUGAGCCCACAUGGGGCUCAGGGCCCUUCCAGAGCCUGUCUUGUUCUUGUGCAGUGGUCUUUGGUGAUGCGUGUUCUUGGCCUCCCUCCCCCAGCACUCAGGCACUCACGCACUUGCUGUGCUCCCUUGCCCCCAGCUUCCAGCCCCCUGCAGCCUGCUGCUUCUCCUCUGCUGCCUCUCUGCCUGCCCCCUUGCCCAGGUGCUUCCCCAGCCCGACUCCGAACCCUGCACCCUGUCCACCCCUCCCCUACCUCUCCCAGGCCCUCUGCCCGUGAGGGAGAGGUGGCGGGGAGGUUGGGUCAGCACCUGUGGCCAGAGGGCCAUGUUGACUGGGAGGGAUCUUGUGCUCCAUCCUGGAGGGAGGUGCAGUCAUAGCGCAGUUCACAUCCCCUCUAGAGCGGGGAUGGAGGGCCAGGGCUUUGUCCAUAGGGGAGUGUGCAGGGGAGUUCGAGGAAGGAUGCGGUCCACCUACGUGCUGGGCUGAGGACAUCUCUGUGCCCGGGAAUGAGGAUGCCUGCCCCAGCCAUUAGCUCCUGAUCGCGGGGCUCCAGCUCUGGGGCUUCCCCUAUGGGUCCCCAAGGAAUUGCCGUGCUCAGCCCAUCCCCCCGGGGUCCUUCCUGAGAGCCCCUCCUAGAAGCCUGGGACGGGGUGGGCCUGGUGCUAGUCUGCUCCCCUUGGAAUGCAAUAAAGGCAGCCUUGUGCACCCUGCUCGCCUGCAUCUGGUGUGGUUGUAGGUGUAUGAGGUCAGGGUCCCCCCUCACCAGGCAGAUGCUCUGAGGGCGCCCUGCAGCCCCGGGUCCCACCGCAGCAAUGAACCCAGGCUUGGGCUCCUGGAUGGACACACAGUCUCAACCUGUGGCCACAGCCGCAUGGUCUGUGCUGCUUGUCCAGCUGGGCUGAUGGGGAUCUGGGGACUUAGGUCUUUGGAAUUGUUCCCCCAUUUGGAAGAGGAACACAGAGGAAGGACCCCAGGAGGGAAGAGCAGGGCUGGAGGCAUGGGGGCCUGCCUCCCCUGCUACAAGGCCACCCCGGGGACCAGCAGCAUCUGCCUCUCAGCUGCUCACCGGCCCUUGCCUGCUCCCCAAGUUGCGGAAGCUUCUUCGUCCCCAGCAGCCCCAUGCCGCCAGCCGGGCCUUCCUUGCCUGACAGGUAGGCUUCUCGGUUUUGGCACUUCUGACUUCUCUACCUCCUCUUGUGCUCAGGGGAUUCUCCCCACUUUUUCCUCUUGUCCCCGUGUGCUCCCGAUUCCCAGUCUGCAGACCCGGAUUGCCUCGGUGAACUGAACUGGCAUGUGAUCCAGUCCUGCGUCCGACCGCUCGGCAGACAUACACUGAGCACCUCCAUGCCAGGCCCCCCGCUGACAGCUGUGGGAGGCACAGAUACGUGAGGCGGUCUCAAAAGAGAAAGGGGCUCAUGGGAAGGGUGUUGGGGCAGCUCCCAGAGCCAAAGGAGUAGCUGAAUGAUUGGGCUUGAGAAGGUGGGAGCCAGCAGAGCUGCAGAGCUCGCCUUCUGGGAGCUGCUGCUGUGGGCAGAUCGACACCAACCAGCCUGACUCCCUUCACUCGAGAUUCGAAUUCCUGUCCUAGAGCUCAGGGCACUAUGGAGAGGGACAGAGGCAGUCUUCCAAAGGACCAGAAUUCUUACCAGGAGAAUGGUGGAGAGGAGGAGGGUAGAAAGGACUUGGUGGCAACAGCAAAGAUAACCCCCUCCCAACACACACACUGUUCUUCCCCCCCGACCUAUUACGACUCUCCCACAUAAAACCAAGAGCAAAUUCCGCCCUGCCUGGGUGAGACCAUUCAAGGUCACGUCCAGUGACUAAGUCCAGGAGCUACCAUUCUCCAAAUCCAGUAUCAGAAGUGACACUCUUCCCUCUACUAUCACAAUCCCAUCUUGAAAUUCUGCAACCUGGGGAUAAAAAUAGUCAACCCAAAUUCUUGAACCCAGCAAGAAAGGCAGCAUGGGUAAGGCCUGAGAUCAUUUCCAGAUCAGGACAUGAGAACGAAUGCUUCUGAGUAGGGAAUUUUCCACCUGUUGGAGUGACCCCAAGCUUCCGUCUUGAAGUCCAGCUCCUUGGUGGUCCUGCCCUUGCAGCAGGUGUUUUUUUAGCACGGCAUAUGGAGGCCCAGGAAGCACUCUUGGACGCCCCUCCCCCACUGCCUCCAUCUAUACUCCUGCCCCUUUCUAAGUAGCAGCAGUCAAAUUUUCCCUUGAAAGGGUUAAUCACCCUACUACUCCCAUGACCUCCUGCUGUGUGUCAAGCUCUAAGGAGCCUGUACCAGCCGGGUGUGCCUCAGUUUCCAAUGCAUGUAUUGCUAUGACAUUUUGAGGAUGUGUCUCCUUGGAGACCAAAACCUCUGUGCCAGACUUGUCCCCAACCUCAGGCGUGGGCAAGGCACCAAGACGGAGCGAAGUCUCUCCCCUCUCCACCUGCUUCCCAGCCUGUGAGGGCCAAUGAGCACCAGGAGGAGGUGCUCGCCAGUUCCGAGAGCUUGUGCUGCCUCCAGCGGGUCGGUCCCAACCACUCACCUGGUGCCCUGGCUGAGUUUCCAGCACACCGUCUCAUUGUCUGAGCAAGCUGACUGCUCCCGGACCGCAGGGAUCCUGAUCCCAUGAGUGAAUGCCAUAGGCCCCCACCCAUUGCUUUACGUCUGCCAGAGAGUGUUGGAUGCCCUGUGUGGGGCAUCACAGUGAUGUCUCCAGCAUCUGAUAAUUCCAUGGAUAUUGACGGUGGGAGAGGCAUGACGGAGGGAAAGCAAAUCCACAUGCAGAUAAAGGGCCCAUAGUGGUCGAAACAGAUUCCUGCUCUCUUGAAAUGACAGGCGUAGACUUGGGAGGUUCAGCGUAGAGCAGGAGGAGGGAGCAUGGAAGGACGUGGGCAGAAUUCAUGCACGUGGCCUACCUGUGGCGUCAGAGCCCUGUCCUAGAGCAUCUCCUUGAUGCUCUGAGUGCUUCUGGCCAUGGCUCACUAUGGCUGGGUGGGUCAGAUAGCCCCAGCUCAUGAGGGGCAGCAUGGCCCCCCGCUAUGCUGUAACCAAACAUUUAAGCUCCCCCAGAGCCCAGUGGCAAGCCAGAGUGCCGUGUCUCAAAAGGGUAAUGGUUCCUUGUUGGCCAGAGAAUCACUUGGUUCUGAACCCUGGGUUUCCCUGCCAUUCUCUUCUUAUUAGGACUUGCCACAAGCUUCAUUAGCCCUCCAUUAUGCCACAGGCCCCACACGGCUCCCCAAUACGCCACAGAGGGACAUGUCAAGCCCCCUGGGAUCUGUCAGGUCAUGGGGCUGGCAGGAGAACCAUUCUCCCAGCUGGAGAACCUUCACUUGCUCUUGGCCCAGCCCAAAGCUGGUGGCCCUCUAUGUCACUCAGUACAUAGGUCAGAACAAGAGGCCCUAAAGUGACAUUUUUUCUGGAACUGGGUCUUCGUGUUAAGGGAUGCAAAAUGCGGUCAUCUGUUCUAUGUUGUGGAGGAAAUAUCCUGACCUCAUCAGACCCCUCAACCCCCAGAAGCUUUACAAGACCUUUAGACCUUUUUUUUUUUUUUUCCAUUUUCACAUGAUUUAUCUCCCGCCUCUGACUCACAUACGUCUUAUCAAGGCAUCUAGGGAAACUGCUGACUCCAGGCUCUAUCAGCACGAUGCGGCCAGUGUGAGGCAACACUGUGCCGGCAAGGGCAGUGUCCCUGGGGGCCAGGUGGUGGCCCAGAGCGGGUCAGCUAAGAUACACUGCCCUCCUGCAGCCCAGCUGAAGAUAAACGCUUUCUGAAGUUCUUUGUUCAUCAAAAUAGAAGAAAAAAAUGAAUUCACUAGAUCAAAGGAUUCGUACCGCACGUGAGGAGCUGGGAUGAAUUUGCUUGGCGAGAAGGCCAGCUCUGGAAGGGCAUCUGCCUUGGGAGACGUCGCUUUUUUUUUUAAGUUUUUUUUUUUUAAAGAUUUUAUUUAUUUAUUUGAUAGAUAGAGAUCACAAGUAGGCAGAGAGGCAGGCAGAGAGAGCGAGAGGAGGAAGCAGGCUCCCCGCUGAGCAGAGAGCCCGAUAUGGGGCUCGAUCCCAGGACCCUGGGAUCAUGACCUGAGCCGAAGGCAGAGGCUUUAACCCACUGAGCCACCCAGGCACCCCGGAAGACGUCGCUUUUUAAAGCUUACAGCAAUCCAGAGACUUCCCGGUGUUUUGCGCUGACCAAGCUGAACCAUGGUGGGAAUCGCUAGGACUUCACUCUCAAGUCAUUGGUAGUUACACCGAUUUCUACACCCCCCCUGGAAAUACAGUUCUACCUUUGAUUUACCAUUUUGGUAGGGAGGGGAAUUCUAAUGGCCUGUGCUUGUCCUAUCCUACUCUGGUCACUCUUACCCCACUCAUCAGAGCGCCAUUGUGGGAGGGAUGCCUCUUUCAAAGUCUAUCUGUUUCAACCAGUCAGUCAAAACAAUCAUUGGCCGGCUUUGAGAUUCCUCCGUGUCUGCCGUGGUGCAAAUUCGGUGCAACCAUCCCCAUGGGUUGGCAGACUGCAUGCUUUUCUGUGCUGUCCAGAAACUGGACAGCUUGGAGCCAGUAUCCUACGGAACUCCUCUCCCCAGGUUUGGGGAUUUUUCUCCUCCUUCUAUAGUUCCCAGAUAAAUGGAUGCAGAUCACUUUGGGGAAGGCCAAGGAAGGUGGGCAAUAUGCAUGAAGUGUUAAAGUAAGGUUUCCCUUCAACGAUAUUUGGCUUUCUCUCCAUCGAAGAUCUGGAAAUUAGUGGAAGAUUUUGACUCCAUCUUGGCAGCUUGAGACAGACCUGUUUGCCCAACCGGAAGUCUUACAUUAUUGGUAUAACUAGAUGAUAUCUAAGGGACUGUCUGGUCUUCUCUCCUGGGACCCCAGGGUUGAUUAGCUGCAGCUGGAGGUCUGGUUUCCAUGUCCAUGACCAUUGUGACAACUCCUCUACUUUGUUCCUCAUAUCUGUCUGAGACCAGGGUGCCCAUUUUCAUAGCAGCUCUUCCAACCAGCAUUCCAGGCCUGGAGAGGAAAGCCAGCAGGGCCUCACCCACGUCUUUCUCGUGGCAAGGAGCAAGACCAUCUUCUGGGGCCUGUCUGAGGAUAGGGAGAGGGUGCAUGGGCUGGAUGCAGGCAAGGGACCCAAUAAAGCGUUCUUUUCUCCUGAAA